CCUCACAGUGCGUUAUUGUCCCCAUCUAUCCGCACACCCUCCGUCUCUCUCCUUCUCUAUCUCACUCUCUCUUUCUCUCUUCGCUCACACUGUCGCCUGCAAGCUCAUGAGUGCGCGCGCCUAGAAAUCCAUCUGAAUGCGAGGAGUGAAGGAGGGUCGGUGCGCUCUGCAGACAAAUUUCACUUGUCAUUCCUGAAUAACGGCGCUCUACCGGAGGGCUGGAAUCGGACUUCAGUAAAAGAAGUGCGGUGGCCUUCGCCCUCACUCAGCAACGAUGUCCGAAUAUAUCCUCACCUUACUCGUCAUACUGGGAUUUGGGGAUAUAUUCUCAAAUGUUCAGACACUGAGGGACGCUAAUUCAGAGCAAGAGCCCAUUUUCUGUGACGUUGGAGAGUUUCUAUGCGGUGACCAGCUGACCUGUGUGUCCGAGAGCUGGCUUUGUGAUGGGGAACCAGACUGUCCAGAUGGUUCUGAUGAGAUUCUGGACAAAUGUAAGGUGGAGGUGAUAGUCAGAUGUCCUCUAAAUCACAUACAGUGUAUCGGGACGAGAAAGUGCAUUCACUUCAACAAGCUCUGUAAUGGGGCCAAAGACUGUGAGGACGGUUUUGAUGAAGGAGUCCACUGUCGAGAACUCCUGUCAGCCUGUCAUGAGCUGCAUUGCCGUUAUGGAUGCAUCAUGACCAGAAACGGCACAUUCUGCUUCUGUGCGGAUGGAUUUGAGGUGGCAGAGGAUGGGCGUAGCUGUAGAGAUCAUGAUGAAUGUGCCAUGUACGGGACAUGCAGCCAGACCUGCAUGAACACCUAUGGGUCAUAUCACUGCAGCUGUACAGAUGGGUACAGCCUGCAGCCGAACAGACGCUCCUGCAGAGCCAAACACGAGCUUGGUGAAAACCCUGCAGCACUGCUGAUUGGAGGCUCUGAUAAUAUUAUAAUCACAGCCCUAAAUGGAUCCCGCCUGCAAACCCUCAAACAACUGGACUCAAAUGGAACUCAUGGCUUGGAUUUCAACCAUAAAGAGGAAUCGGUAUGCUGGGUCACAUCCUCAGAGUCCUCCGGACAACUCCGGUGUGCCAGGAUGAGGAAAGCAAGUGGCUUUACUAAAGAACAGGAAGUAAAGACAGUCCAGAAUCUCCACGAUGUUGAUCAAUUAGCCUUUGACUGGCUCACAGGAAACUUUUACUUUGUGGAUCAAGCAAGCAACAGAAUAUUUGUUUGCAACCAGUAUGGAGACACCUGCAUUACAGUGAUAUACCUCGACCUGUUGAACCCUAAAGCAAUCGCUUUGGAUCCUCUAAUGGGGAUGCUCUUCUUCACUGACUAUGGGAAUCAAGCCAAACUGGAGCGCUGCAACAUGGAUGGCACCAACAGAACUCGACUUGUGGAUUAUAAGGUUGAACAGCCAACUGCAGUGGCAUUGGAUUUGGUAAAAAAAUUGGUGUACUGGGCUGACGCAUAUCUUGAUUACAUUGAAAUGGUGGAUUACAAUGGCAAAAACAGAUACACUAUCAUCCAGGGAUAUCAAGUGGCCCACCUGCAUGGAUUAGCUGUCUUUGAGGACUACUUGUACGCAACUCGCUCUGAAACCUCCAGUGGAGCAGUGGUAGACAUUUUACGGAUAAAUCGCUUUAAUGUCACAGACCCGGAGACGCUAACCAGCAUAGGAAAUGCAAAAACAAUACGGGUUUACCACAAGCUCAGUCAACCAAAAGUCAAGGGCCAUGCGUGUGAAGUUGACCCUUAUGGUAAACCCGGAGGAUGCUCGCACAUCUGCCUUCUCAGCGGGAGCUACAAAUCCCGGAGCUGCCGCUGUCGUACCGGAUUCAGCCUGGGAAGUGAUGGACUGUCCUGCAAAAAACCCAAGAAUGACCUUUUCCUGUUCUAUGGAAAGGGACGACCUGGGACAAUCCGUGGUUUGGACAUGAAUGUGAAGUCUAUCAAUGAGCACAUGGUUCCUAUUGAAGACUUGGUGAAUCCAAGAGCUCUUGACUAUCAUGCUGAAACCGGAAACAUUUACUUUGCUGAUACUACAAGUUUUUUGAUAGGGCGGCAGAAAGUCGAUGGAAGCAGUCGGGAAACAAUUCUCAAAGAUGAUCUUGAUAAUGUGGAGGGGAUUUCAGUGGAUUGGAUUGGAAAUAAUCUCUACUGGACCAAUGAUGGCUACAGAAAAACCAUCAGUGUGGCUAGGCUUGAGCGGGCAUCUGAAACCAGGAAGACUCUUUUGGAGGGAGACAUGUCUCACCCUAGAGCCAUAGUGGUGGAUCCUUUGAAUAGUUGGAUGUACUGGACAGAUUGGGAAGAGGAUGAGGUGAACGACAGCAUCGGUAGAAUAGAGAAAGCCUGGAUGGACGGUUCCAACAGGAAAAUAUUUGUCACAUCUAACAUGUUGUGGCCCAAUGGACUCACUCUAGACCAUGGAACCAGUACCAUGUACUGGUGUGAUGCCUAUUAUGAUCAUAUUGAGAGAAUCUACCUCAAUGGCACUGGCAGAAUGGUUGUGUACAGUGGCAGGGAACUCAAUCACCCGUUUGGAAUUGCACAGUACCAAAAUUCCAUCUUCUGGACGGAGUACAUGAACGCCUCCAUCUUCCAGCUGGAUCUGGUUUCUGGUGAAGUCACUCUGCUGAGGAGUGAACGGCCACCUCUGUUCGGGCUCCGAGUUUAUAAUGCACAAAGCCAGCUUGGUGACAAUGCCUGCCGGGUGAAUUAUGGUGGUUGCAGUACCCUCUGUUUGGCUGUCCCAGGAGGACGGGUGUGCGCAUGUGGCGACAACCAGCACUUGGACAAGAACAAUAUCACAUGCUCUGACUCUGCAGGUCAAGAGGAGCCCCAGCAGUGCAAAAAUGAUGAGUUUCAGUGCAGGAACUGGCGCUGCAUACGAGUCAAUUGGAUUUGUGAUGGAGAUGAUGACUGUUUAGAUGGCAGUGAUGAGGAGGCCCACAUAUGCUCUAACCACAGUUGCCUGGUUGACCAGUUCAAGUGUCCCAAUAACCGCUGCAUACCCAAAAGGUGGCUUUGUGAUGGAGCCAAUGACUGUGGCGAUAACGAAGAUGAGUCUAAUAAAACAUGCUCAGCCCAGCCAUGUCGGGCUGGUCAGUUCACCUGUGGUAACGGUCGCUGUGUACCAGAAGUGUGGCGCUGUGAUCAAGAUGAUGACUGUGGAGAUAUGUCAGAUGAGUCCACUUCCUGUGCAUUCCCUACCUGUGAAGCUCUCAGCCAGUUCAGCUGCGCUAAUGGGAGGUGCAUUAGCAUGAAGUGGCAUUGUGACUCAGAUGAUGACUGUGGAGACAACAGUGAUGAGGCGGGCUGCGUCCACUCCUGUGCUAAAGACCAGUAUAAAUGCACCAGCGGCAGGUGUAUCCCAGACCACUGGGCCUGUGAUGGGGACAACGACUGCGGGGACUUCAGUGAUGAAAAUGUGACUUGUGCUGGUGUUGCCCCUGCUUUGCCUCCUGUGGAAUGCAGUGGAGAGGAGUUUCACUGCCGUGCUGAUGGGACCUGCAUCCCUGAGCGCUGGCGCUGUGAUGGGGAUAAAGACUGUGAAGAUGGCAGUGAUGAAACAAACUGCAAAGGCGUCAAGAGAAUGUGUGAUCCCCAGGCAAAGUUUACCUGCAAAAGCUCAGGGAAGUGUAUCAGCAAGAGCUGGGUGUGUGAUGGCGACAACGACUGUGAAGACCGCUCAGAUGAAGAAUUGUGUGAGUCCUCCAUCUGUAAGUCCCCCACUCAGCCCUGUGCUAAUGACUCCAGAGCCUGCCUGCCCCCCAACAAGAUCUGCGAUGGGAGAAACGACUGUGCUGACCAUUCGGAUGAGGGUCCUUUCUGUGAGAAAUGUUUGCAAGGUAAUGGGGGCUGCAGUCACCAGUGUUCAGUGAUCCCCAGCAAAGGGGUGGUGUGUUCAUGUCCCACCGGACUCCAUCUUGGCUCUGACAACCGAACAUGCGAGACAGUGGACUACUGCUCUGCUCACCUGAAAUGCAGUCAGAUAUGCGAACAGCAUAAGACCACUGUCAAGUGCUCCUGUUAUCCUGGCUGGAGACUUGAUCCAGAUGGAGAGAAUUGCCACAGCACAGAUCCCUUUGAGGCUUUUGUUAUCUUCUCUAUCCGGCAUGAGAUCAGACGAAUCGACCUUCAUAAACGUGACUACAGCCUACUCGUGCCCGGCCUGCGGAACACCAUCGCUCUCGACUUCCACUUCAACCGCAGUUUGCUUUACUGGACCGACGUGGUGGAGGAUAAGAUCUAUCGGGGAAAGCUCUCAGAGAAUGGAGGUGUGACCGGGGUCGAGGUUGUGAUUCAGCAUGGUUUGGCCACCCCAGAGGGACUCGCAGUGGAUUGGAUUGCAGGAAAUCUUUACUGGAUAGACAGCAACCUGGAUCAGAUUGAGGUGGCCAAGCUGAAUGGCGAAAUGAGAACAACUUUGAUUGCCGGUGGCAUGGAGCACCCGCGAGCGCUGGCUGUAGACCCGGGACAGGGCAUCCUUUUCUGGACUGACUGGGAUGCCACUUUUCCUCGGAUUGAGGCGACGUCAAUGAGUGGAAGUGGGAGACAUGUUGUGUACAAGGACAUGGAGAUUGGAGCCUGGCCUAAUGGACUCACGCUAGACCAUCAGGAAAGGAGAAUAGUGUGGACAGAUGCUCGCUCAGAUGCAAUAUAUUCAGCCCUGUAUGAUGGCACGGGGGUCAUCGAGAUCCUCAGGGGCCAUGAGUACCUGUCACACCCGUUUGCUGUGUCUCUCUUUGGAGGUGGUGUAUACUGGACAGACUGGAGGACCAACACUUUAGCCAGAGCGAAUAAAUGGACAGGCCACAAUGUAACGGUCAUCCAAAAGACAAGCGCCCAGCCAUUUGAUCUGGAGAUAUACCAUCCAAGCAGACAACCUCAAGCCUCAAACCCGUGCAAGGGAAACAGUGGAAGAGGCCCUUGCUCCCACCUUUGUCUCAUUGAUUACAACCGCACGGCAUCUUGUUCAUGUCCUCAUCUCAUGAAGCUUUCCCUCAACAACCGCUCUUGUGUGGCCCUGAAGAAGUUCCUGGUGUAUGUGAGGCGAUCGGAGAUCCGUGGAGUGGAUAUUGAUAAUCCCUAUAUGAACGUCAUGACUGCUUUGACGGUUCCUGACAUUGAUGAUGUCACUGUGGUGGAUUAUGAUGCUCUUGAGGAAAGGAUAUACUGGGCGGACAUUAAGACUCAAACAAUAAAACGUGCCUUUAUCAAUGGAACAGGCCUUCAAACUGUUAUUUCUGGAGAUAUUCAAAACUGCCGUGGGCUGGCAGUAGAUUGGCUCUCGAGGAACAUGUAUUGGCUGAGCUCUGAGAACGAGGAGACGCAGAUCAAUGUUGCCCGACUAGAAGGAUCUCUAAAAACCUCAGUUAUUCAUGGGAUUGACAAACCAAAGUGUCUGACUGUGCACCCAGCCAAAGGAAAAAUCUACUGGACUGAUGGCAAUACAAUAAAUGUUGCCAAUAUGGAUGGAAGCAACAGGAAGGUUCUUCAUCAGAAUCAGAGAGAACCAGUUGGACUUUCGAUUGACUUUCCAGCUGGGAAGAUGUAUUGGAUCAGUUCUGCUAAUGGUACUAUCAACAGGUGCAAUCUGGAUGGCAGUGGCUUUGAGGUCAUUGAAAGCAUGAAGAGGGACUUAACUAAAGCCACGGCUCUAGCAGUCAUGGGUGGCAAGUUGUGGUGGGCCAAUGAGGAUCUGGCUCAGCUGGGAACGGUCGCCAAACGGGAUGGACGUAACCUGGCAGUGCUACGCAAUAAGACCAGCGGAGUGGUACACAUGAAGGUGUACGACAGAGAUGGUCAGAAAGGUAGGAAUGCCUGUCAGUUGAAUAAUGGUGGUUGCUCACAGCUCUGUCUGCCCACAUCUGAAAACACUCGCACAUGUGCCUGCACCAUUGGCUACAACCUGCGCAGUGACCGUCUCUCCUGUGAAGGCCUGAGUUCUUUUCUGAUGUACUCUUUUCAUGAGGGGAUACGUGGAAUCGCUUUGGAUCCCAGUGACCACGCCGAGACCCUGAUGCCCAUCAGCGGCACCUUGUUUGCUGUUGGCGUGGACUUUCAUGCAGGCAAUGAUACAGUUUACUGGACAGACAUGGGAUUAAACCGGAUCUCAAGAGCCAAGAGGGAUCAAACAUGGAGGGAAGACAUUAUCACUACUGGCAUCAACAGAGUGGAGGGCAUCGCAGUCGAUUGGAUUGCUGGUAACCUUUACUGGACAGACCAUGGCCUCAACCUUAUUGAAAUCGCUCGUCUGAAUGGUCUCUACCGGUCAGUUGUAAUAUCAGAAGGGCUGGACCAGCCAAGAGCCAUUGCAGUGCAUCCACAGAGAGGUUAUUUAUUCUGGACCGAGUGGGGGAAGAAUCCUUGCAUAGGUCGUGCAAGACUGGAUGGUUCAGACCAAGUGACCCUGGUCAGUUCUGGCAUCGCCUGGCCGAAUGGAAUCACCAUUGACUAUGAGGAAAAUAGAUUAUACUGGUGCGACGCCCGGACCGACAAGAUAGAAAGGAUCAACGUUGAAACCGGGGAGGGCCGUGAGAUUGUACUGUCAGCCGCCAAUGUGGACCUGUUCUCCGUGGCUGUGUUUGGGACUUACAUCUACUGGUCUGACAGAGCCCAUGGCAACGGAUCGAUCCGCCGUGGAUUCAAAAGCGAUGCCACUGAUGCGGUCACGAUAAGAAGUGGUCUUGGCGUCAACCUGAAGGACGUGAAAGUGUUUAACAAAGGCCGGGAGAAAGGCACAAACCCGUGUGCGAGGAGCAAUGGAGGUUGUCAGCAGUUGUGUUUUCACCUGGGCAGUGGAAGAAGGACUUGUUCCUGUGCUCAUGGGUACUUAGCCGAAGAUGGCUUUGCUUGCCAAAGAUAUGAGGGCUAUCUUCUGUACUCUGAACGGACCAUCUUGAAAAGCAUCCACCUGUCGGAUGAGAGUGAUCUUAACUCCCCUCUCCAACCUUUUGAGAAUCCAGACUACUUCAAGAAUGUCAUCGCUCUGGCAUUCGACUAUCGGCAGCAGGCCUCACACCACAACCGCAUAUUCUUCAGCGACAUCCAUUUUGGGAAUAUUCAGAUGAUCAAUGAUGACUGGUCAGGAAGACAAGUCAUAGUUGAAAAUGUGGGUUCGGUUGAGGGCUUGGCUUAUCACCGUGCCUGGGACACGAUUUACUGGACUAGUUCCACCACCUCAAGCAUCAGCAGAUACACAGUAGACCAGAGCCGACAAGGAGCUUUUACCAGGCAAGCCGUUGUCACCUUGUCUGAGGAUGACCAUCCCCACGUCUUGGCCCUGGAUGAAUGUCAAAACCUCAUGUUUUGGACCAAUUGGAACGAGCAGCGCCCCAGUAUCAUGCGCUCCACUCUUGCAGGGAAUAACAUGAAAGUCAUCAUUAGUACCGAUGUAUUCACUCCUAACGGACUCACAAUUGACCAUAAAGCGGAAAAGCUGUAUUUCUCUGACGGCAGCCUGGGCAAAAUUGAACGCUGUGAAUAUGACGGCUCCCACAGAUAUGUGAUUAUCUUAAGGUCAGGGCCUGGCACAUUUUUUGGACUUGCUAUCCACGGAAACUACAUUUUUUGGUCUGACUGGACUCGGCGGGCUGUGCUACGGACCAACAAGUUCACUGGAGGAGAUACUAAAGUUCUCAGGGCUGAUAUUCCCCACCAGCCAAUGGGAAUUAUAGCAGUUGCCAAAGACACUAAUAAUUGCGAACUAUCUCCAUGCAGGGUUCUGAAUGGUGGCUGUGGUGACCUGUGUCUCCUUACUCCAGAUGGCACAGUCAACUGCAGCUGCCGAGGAGAGCGGAUACUGCUCGAUGACAACAGAUGUGUGUCCAAAACGUCCUCUUGCAACAUCCACACUGAGUUUGAGUGUGGAAAUGGGGAAUGUAUAGACUACCAGCUAACAUGUGAUGGAACUGCCCACUGCAAAGACAAGUCAGAUGAGAAAAUGCAAUAUUGUGACAACAGGAGCUGCCGAAAGGGUCAUCGUCCUUGCUACAACAGGCGUUGUGUGGCUAACAAUCACUUUUGUGAUGGAAUCGACGACUGUGGGGACAACUCAGAUGAGGCAUUUUGUAACAAUGUCACGUGUGCUGCGUCUGAGUCAUCCUGUCAAGAUGGAACUUGCAUACCAAUAUCCUCCUGGUGCAACCAGGUCAUCGACUGCGCCGAUGCCUCGGAUGAAAAGAACUGCAAUAACACAGAUUGUGGAGAUUUUUACAGGAUGGGAGUGGCAGAAAAGGUCUUCGUCAGUUGUAACUCCACCUCACUCUGCGUUCACCAUUCCUGGCUGUGCGAUGGAGCCAAUGACUGUGGAGAUUACGCUGAUGAGAGGAACUGUCAGGUCUCCCACGGGCAGAAAUGUGCAGAAGGCCACUUCGCCUGCCCUAGCGGGAACUGCAUCUCCAGCGUGUGGCUUUGUGAUGGGCAGAAGGAUUGUGAAGAUGGUGCAGAUGAGUUCCAGUGUGACUCCUCCUGUCUGUGGAACCAGUUUGCUUGUUCGAAGAACAAGUGCAUAGCGAAGCAGUGGCUCUGUGAUGGUGAAGACGACUGUGGAGACGGGGUGGACGAGAGCGUGGAUCUCUGCGGCUCGGUGACCUGUGCCCCAGGGUUAUUCAGUUGUCCAGGCUCAUACGCAUGCGUCCCCAAGCGCUGGUUAUGUGACGGGGAGAGAGACUGUCCCGAUGGCAGCGAUGAGCUUGCGGCGGCCGGCUGUGCUCCAAAUAACACAUGUGAUGAGAAUUCCUUCAGAUGCCUUAACAAAGGCUGCAUUCCAAAGCGCUUUGUUUGUGACCAUGACGACGACUGUGGAGAUGGCUCGGAUGAAUCUGUUGAAUGUGUAUACCGCUCAUGUGGGCCGGAUGAGUUCCGCUGUGCUGAUGGCCGAUGCCUGCUCAGUGUCCAGUGGGAGUGUGAUGGUUACCCAGACUGCCGUGACCACUCUGAUGAGCUGCCCCUCAACCUCAAAUGCCUGGCUGCAGAGAGCUUAUGCAACAGUUCCUUUUUCAUGUGCUCAAAUGGCCGCUGUAUAUCUGAGAAGAGUUUAUGUGACCUGAAAGAUGACUGUGGAGAUCGCUCGGAUGAGAAAAACUGCAAUGUCAAUGAAUGUCUCAACCGUCGUGUCAGCGGCUGUACGCAGGAUUGCCAGGACUUACCAGUGGGAUACAAGUGUAAGUGCUGGCCAGGAUUUCACCUGAAGAAUGAUGGGAGAACAUGUGUUGAUAUUGACGAAUGCUCCACCACGCUACCUUGCAGCCAGAACUGCACCAACACUUACGGUUCCUUCAAGUGUUUGUGUGUAGAUGGCUAUGAAGCUUCCAGAAAAGACCCCAACAGCUGCAAGUCUCUUUCAGUUGAAGAACCCUUUCUUAUACUUGCUGAUCUUCAUGAAAUCAGAAAAUUAAGUGUCGAUGGAUCCAAUUACACUCUACUGAAACAGGGCCUUAUCAACAUAAUCAGCUUGGAUUUUGACUACAAGAAGGAGUUCAUUUACUGGAUUGACUCAAGCAGACCCAGUGGCCGGAGGAUAAACAGAAUUCGCCUUAAUGGCAGUGACCUCAAGAUUGUUCACCGAACAGCUGUGCCAAGUGCACUGGCUGUGGACUGGAUUGGGAAGAACUUGUACUGGUGCGACGUGGAGAGAAAGACGCUGGAAGUGUCCAAAUCUAAUGGUUUAUACCCCACUGUCUUAGUGAGCUCUGGCUUGAAGAACCCAACUGACCUUGCUCUGGAUGCUCAAACCGGGUUUGUGUUCUGGAUUGACUGCUGUGAAAAUCCUCACAUCGGUCGAGUUGGCAUGGAUGGCCAAGGCCAGAGCGUUAUUGUGAACAAAGAAAUCUACAGCCCCUCAGCUCUAACCAUUGACUACACAAACAAGAGAAUCUACUGGGCUGAUGAUAAUCACAUCUUUUUUGCCAACAUGGACGGUUCUCAGAGGCACCGGGUUCCUCAUGACCACAUCCAGGGUGUGAUGGGACUCACACUGUUCGAGGACUUCAUUUAUUGGACUGAUGGGAAGUCCAAAUCUCUCCGUCGAGCUCAUAAGACCACCGGUGCUAAUGCUGUCGAGCUCUUGAAUUCAUGGCAAGCCAUUAAGUCUGUCAUUGUCUACCACCCACUGCGCCAGCCUGAAGUUCCCAAACACCAGUGUCAAGUGGCCAAUGGAGGCUGUAGUCACUUGUGCUUACUCUCUCCUGGUGGAGGUCACAAGUGCGCCUGCCCAACUAACUUCUAUUUGGCCGCCGAUAACAAGACAUGCCUGUCUAACUGCACAGCCAGCCAGUUCCGCUGUGGAACGGAUGAGUGCAUCCCAUUCUGGUGGAAAUGCGAUACGGUAGAUGACUGCGGUGAUGGGUCUGAUGAGCCUGCGGAUUGUCCUGAAUUCAAAUGCCAGCCUGGGCGUUUUCAGUGCGGUACUGGCCUUUGCGCCUUACCUCCCUUCAUCUGUGAUGGAGAGAAUGACUGCGGGGACAACUCAGAUGAGGCCAACUGUGAUACAUACAUCUGUCUGUCAGGCCAGUUCAAGUGCACCCGAAAGCAGAAGUGUAUACCAUUAAAUCUUCGCUGCAACGGCCAGGACGACUGCGGGGAUGGCGAAGACGAGACAGACUGCCCUGAGAGCACAUGUUCUUCAGACCAGUUCCAGUGCAAGGCCACCAUGCAUUGCAUCUCAAAGCUCUGGGUGUGCGACGAAGACCCAGACUGUGCUGACGGCUCUGAUGAGGCCAAUUGUGAUGAAAAGACCUGUGGACCUCAUGAAUUUCGCUGUGAGAAUAACAACUGCAUCCCGGACCACUGGAGAUGUGACAGCCAGAAUGACUGUGGAGACAACUCCGAUGAGGAGCAUUGCAAGCCGGUGACCUGUAAUCAUAAGGAUUUUGCCUGCGCCAGUGGGGACUGUAUCUCAGCACGCUUCCGUUGCGAUGGUGACUAUGACUGCGCUGAUAAUUCAGAUGAGAAGGAUUGCGAGACACACUGUGAAGAGGAUCAGUUUCAAUGCCACAACAAUCUCUGCAUCUCACGUAAAUGGUUGUGCGAUGGUCAGGAAGAUUGUAAGACAGGGGAAGACGAGAGAAAUUGCCUCGGAACAGUGCUUCCCUCCUGUUCUCUAAGCGAGUAUGUGUGCGCCAGUGGAGGUUGUGUGUCUGCCAGCCUGAGGUGUGAUGGACAUGACAACUGUCUGGACAGUUCUGAUGAGAUGGACUGUGUCAAGGAGUGCAGAGAAGAUGAGUUUCUGUGCAAAAACCAUGCUCACUGCAUCCCUAAACGAUGGCGCUGCGAUGAUGUGUUCGAUUGCGUGGAUCACAGCGAUGAGGAGAACUGUAGUCAUGAUGCUUUCUUCUGUCGCCCCGAUGAGUUCAUCUGCAACAACACCCUGUGUAAGCUGCAUGUGUGGGUGUGCGAUGGUGAGGACGACUGCGGAGACAACUCUGAUGAAGACCCCGAGAUGUGCGCCAAACUUCCUUGUCCUCCUGCAAGGCCGUAUCGCUGCAGAAAUGACAGAAUGUGUCUACGGCUUGAUCAAAUCUGUAACAAUGUGGAUAACUGUGGGGACAACUCAGAUGAAGAUGAAUGCGAGAUUGUGUCAACUAGGCCCAAGCCAUGUGGGAAGGCAGAGUUUACCUGUAGUAAUCGUAAAUGUAUACCUGCACAACUGCAGUGCGACCUGUUUGAUGACUGUGGAGAUGGAGGAUCGGAUGAACAGGACUGCAAGGCUUCUUCAAAUGGAGACAUAUGUGGAAAGAGGAUGAAUCCAUGUGGGGAGGAUGCAGUGUGCAAUCAUACAAACACAAAUGCAAUUUGCCACUGCAAACCUGGCUUUCAGAGAAAUCUCAGAAGCAGAAAGUGUGAAGAAAUCAAUGAGUGUCUUAAUUUUGGCACUUGCUCUCACUAUUGCACAAAUACAAAAGGAUCAUACAAAUGUACAUGUGACAAAAAUUAUAAGGAUAUGAAUGGAAACUGCAUAGCAAAAGGACCAGAAGAUCGAGUGCUCUACAUAGCUAAUGACACUGAAAUCCGAAGUUUUGUGUAUCCAUUUAACCAGAGCCAUGGACACAAAGUACAUGCUCGCAUCGAGGAAAAUGCCCGCAUCAUUGGGAUGGAUGCUCUGUAUCACCAACAAAAGUUUAUCUGGGCUACUCAGUUUAAUCCCGGUGGACUUUUUUACAAAGAUAUCCUAAACAGGAGUCAAACUAAAACAAAUGUUGGCAUCAUAUGCCCAGACUUUCGCAGACCCAGAGAUGUAUCAGCUGACUGGGUGACUGGGAAUAUCUAUUGGACAGACCACUCUAGGAUGCACUGGUUCAGUUAUUACACAGCUCACUGGACCAAGCUUAGAUACUCUAUUAAUGUGGGACAACUCAAGGGACCCAACUGCACCCGUCUGAUAACUGACAUUGCAGGAGAGCCUUAUGCAAUUUCUGUCAAUCCAGUCAAAGGGAUGAUGUAUUGGUCAGUAAUAGGUGACCACUCACACAUUGAGGAGAGUGCGAUGGAUGGCUCCAUGCGUAGAGUGCUACUGGAUAAGAACCUUAGGAGACCCACAGGGUUGGCAAUUGAUUAUUUCAGCCAGCGUGUGUAUUGGGCCGAUGCCGAGCUCUCUGUCAUUGGCAGUGUCCGUUUCGAUGGCUCAGAUCCAUUGGUGGUAAUCGAUGGCAAGCAAGGAAUAUCACAGCCGUACAGAAUAGAUAUUUUUGAGGAUUACAUUUAUGGAACAGGACUGAAAAAUGAAGUUUUCAGAAUUCACAAAUAUGGCAAAAAACCAGUUGAACCUCUUGACUUGGGUAUUGAAAAAACAACAAAUGUCCUGAUCUCUCAUCGUUUCAAGCAGCAGAAUGUGGCCAAUCCCUGUCUACGGAUGACCUGUGAUUUUAUGUGCUUGCUCAAUCCAACCGGAGCCAGCUGCACCUGUCCAGAGGGGAAGACCUUGGUCAAUGGCUCUUGUAUUGACCCCAAUGUCUCAGGUGAGUUGUGCCAACCUGCCUGUGAGAAUGGAGGACGUUGCAUGGCCAAUGAAAAAGGAGACUGGCGCUGUUACUGCUGGCCUAAUUUCUCUGGGGAACGUUGUGAAGUCAACCACUGUACAGAUUACUGCUUAAACGGAGGCACAUGCACUGGCUCACCUCUUGGGAAACCUACUUGCCGCUGCGUGACAGGCUUCACUGGCUCUAAUUGUGGGAGGCGGGUCUGUGAUAAUCACUGUCUGAAUGGAGGCACAUGUGACAUAAGCCCUGGAAACCAGCCAGUGUGUCGCUGCUUGGCAGAGUACACGGGUGACCGCUGUCUUUAUCACAUCUGUCAUCACCACUGCGUUCAUUCCCAGGCCUGCACACUGUCCAGCUCAGGACACGUUGAAUGCGUGUGCCCACCUCGUUAUGAAGGGGUCAAGUGUGAUGUCGACAAGUGCCUGCGGUGCCACGGAGCACCAUGUAUCAUCAAUGGAGAUACAGGAGAUGUGGCUUGCAAUUGUACAAGUGGUCGAAUCGCCUCUAGCUGCCAGUUGUGUGAUGGCUACUGCUAUAACGGAGGCACCUGUCAUCUGGACCCCGACACCAGCCUACCCUUCUGCCACUGCACGGCAGGGUUCAAGAACCAGCGUUGUGAUGAGCUGGCCAAUCCCUGCGAUUACUACUGUCAGAAUGAAGGAAUAUGCACAAUAAUUGCCCUUAACAAACCUCGAUGCAAAUGCUCAGCUAAUUGGUCAGGGACGCAGUGCGAGAGGCCAGCCCCCAAGAGCAGCCGCUCCGAUAACACAGCUGGAGGAAGUAUAGCUAUCAUUGUGCCAUUGGUCCUGCUGGUCAUUCUGAUUACUACAGUGGUUGCAGGUGUCUUUAUCUGCAGAAGACGACAAAGGGGGAAACGUGUACAGCGGCAGCCCAUAACUAAUGGAGGCAUUAAUGUGGAGAUAGACAAUCCAUCCUACAACAUGUAUGAGGUGGCCCAUGACAACCACGCAGAUGCCGGAAGCCUUCUCAAACCAAAUUUCACACUUGAUCCCCACAAGGGCUGGUGUGUAAAAUCCAGUGACCAUUGCACGCUGAAUAUUCACUCUGUCCCUAAGGAAGUAAUACCUGGACAGCCAAUGAACUACUCCAAUCCGAUGUACGCAAAGAUGUACCUCGAUGGUCAGAACUGUCGCAAACCAGUCAUCAACAUUGACGAAAGGAGAGAGCUACUCCCAAAGAAACUUGAGGGGACGAUUCGAGAAACUGCCGCAUAGCCUGACUACACUUUGUACUCUUUUUUUACUUAAAUGUACAAAAUGUAUAAAACACAAGCAAAACAAAAAUUUUCUAUUUCCUAUCAGGUUCCAGAUAUCUUGUUUAUAUUUGGUUUCUUGGCACCAUCAGCAUUGCACCUUCAUGUCUGUUGCAAUAUUUGGAGUCAUAUUAUCCAUUUAAUUUUUUUGCAUUUUUGUUGAAAUGCACUUGUGAUACACAACUGCUCAGUUGCACAUUGUGGAGAGAUAACAAAGCAAAAUUGUUUAAUUUGUGUGUUUAUUUCUUCCUAAGUUUUAAGUACAUUGCCUUGGGGCAUCAUGACAGCCUGGCAUUUUUUCUUUCUAGUGUUUACUUCACAUUACACUGUGAAAGUUUUCAUUUCCGUUAUAGUAUUAUUAUCAUUUUUUA